ACAAUGUGAAUUCUGAAUUCCCGCGCCGGCACCAAGGCAGAUAAAGAAUCUUGUUGAUCACUGGCCUUUUUAAUUCUUCAUUUCUUCAGUAUUUUGCCAUAGUUCAUAUUUCAAAGUGUAUAAUUUAUUGCAGCGAUUAGUCCGCCGUAUCACAAUGCCUGAAAAUCAAGAAACACUGAAAUUCGCCAAGUUAACAGAGAAGGCAUUCGCACCUGUGAAAGGAUCAGACAAAGCAGCCGGUUACGAUCUCAAAAGUGCUUAUGAUUAUGUGAUUCCUGCACACGGCAAGGAGCUUGUCAAAACCGAUUUGCAAAUUGAGCUUCCCUCUGAAUGCUAUGGCAGAAUUGCUCCACGGUCUGGUUUGGCGUGGAAAAAUCACAUCGAUGUUGGAGCGGGUGUUAUUGAUGAGGAUUACAGAGGAAAUAUCGGAGUUGUCGUCUUCAAUCACUCAGACGAACCCUUCGAAGUCAAAGCUGGCGAUAGAAUUGCACAACUAAUUUGUCAAAGGAUCUCCUAUCCAGUCUUGAAAGAAGUACAGAACCUUGAUGGCACAGAGCGAGGCGAAAAAGGAUUUGGCUCCACAGGAAAGAACUGAUGCCUCUCUGCAUUUUUGAGAAGUUAUUAUUCAGUCAACACCCUUAAAAAAUGCCCUCUCGGAACAAUUUUCUAACAUCAUAAGUAUUGUCAUUAAUUACUCAAGUAAAUUUUCUGUACUGCUUUCAUCCAGUAAUUAGGUUUUCACUUGCAUGUAUUUCAUGAAAGGAAAUUUAUAUAAGAGUAUAAGAAAUUGCCCUACACAUUUAUAGUGGCUGUUCUCUCGUGCUGUUUAAAUACGUCCCUUUUACCCUUGUAAUUUUUUUACUUAUUUACUUUUUGAUAUUUAAUUUUAGUUGGCUGCAGUAUAAAUAUUUCUUCUUGCCACUUGAUAACUUUCUUGCUGAUUGAUUUGAUUUGUAUGUAUGUCUGUUUUUUCAUUUGUAGUUAAGCUAAAUCCAUUGGUCAGAUUCUCCACCGAAAUUAACAAUAAGUUGAAUUUAAGAAUUUAUAGCAACUUUUGUAAAAAUUGUAAACUCAGGUGACCCAUCACCUCUUAAAAUGUUAAAAUAAAAACAACUGAUUCAUUUUAA